AUGGCUGAGCAGCUGGUUCUUCGCGGCACCCUUGAGGGCCACAAUGGCUGGGUUACUUCCCUCGCCACCUCCCUGGAGAACCCCAACAUGCUGCUGUCCGCAUCCCGCGACAAGACCCUGAUCAUCUGGAACCUUACCCGUGAUGAGCAGGCCUACGGUUACCCCAAGCGCAGCCUCGAGGGUCACUCGCACAUCGUCUCUGACUGUGUGAUCUCCUCCGACGGUGCCUACGCUCUGUCCGCCUCGUGGGAUAAGUCUCUCCGUCUCUGGGAGCUCUCCACCGGUAACACCACCCGCACUUUCGUCGGCCACACCAACGAUGUUCUGUCCGUCUCGUUCUCCGCCGACAACCGUCAGAUCGUCUCCGGUUCCCGUGACCGCUCCAUCAAGCUGUGGAACACCCUCGGUGACUGCAAGUUCACCAUCACCGACAAGGGCCACACCGAGUGGGUGUCCUGCGUUCGCUUCAGCCCCAACCCCCAGAACCCCGUCAUUGUCUCCGCUGGCUGGGACAAGCUCGUCAAGGUUUGGGAGCUCGCUUCCUGCCGUCUCCAGACCGACCACAUCGGUCACACCGGAUACAUCAACACCGUCACUAUCUCCCCCGACGGAUCCCUCUGCGCCUCCGGUGGCAAGGACGGUACCACCAUGCUCUGGGACCUUAACGAGUCCAAGCACCUCUACUCCCUCUCCGCUGGCGAUGAGAUCCACGCUCUCGUCUUCUCCCCCAACCGCUACUGGCUGUGCGCUGCCACCAGCAGCUCCAUCACCAUCUUCGACCUCGAGAAGAAGAGCAAGGUUGAUGAGCUCAAGCCUGAGUUCGUUGAGAAGGGCAAGAAGAGCCGUGACCCCGAGUGCAUCAGCUUGGCCUGGUCCGCUGACGGCCAGACCCUGUUCGCCGGUUACACCGACAACAAGAUCCGUGCCUGGGGUGUUAUGUCGCGCGCAUAG